AUGGAGUCGCUCGGGGCUGAAGAAACUGAACCCUUCGAGAAGCAUGCGCAAGAUGUAGAACGAUUCACUCCGCUCACCUAUCAGAUUCCAAUCCACGUCUACCGAAAUGCCAUCAUAGCUUCACCUACCACGAUGGGCGCUUACUGGAGCUACAAGCUCUACAGGAAUGCCGAGGGUAAACCGCCGACGGUCUUUUACUGCAUCAACUACGAGCAAGCGGAAAGCCGAGCUCGCAUGUUCCUCGACGAGCCUGUCGUCGGCUUCGACAUCGAAUGGGAGUCUUGGGCGAGCGUGACGAAAGCCGGCAUCAAGCAGAAUGUCUCACUCAUUCAGAUUGCGGCAGAGCACAAAAUCUGCCUUUUCCACGUCGCCGUCUUUCAAGGCGACACUGUGGAUAAGCUGAUGCCACCCUCCCUUCGCCAGAUCCUCGAGUCUCGUGCGGUGGUCAAAGCGGGCGUCAACAUCGCAGGCGAUGCCAAACGGCUUCGCGAGUGUCUGGACGUUGAGAUGCAAGGCCUGUUCGAGCUCAGCCAUCUCUACCGCCUCGUGACAUUCAGCGAAACAAGUCCGGAAUUGGUGAACCGGAAACUAUGGAAGCUGGCGGAUCAAGUGCACAAGACCCUCGGCUUGCCGCUCAAAAAGGACGAUGUCAGGACCAGUGCGUGGUCUCGGAGGUUGCAGCUUGAGCAGACGGAGUAUGCUGCUUCCGAUGCGUACGCUGGCUUUCGUCUUUAUCAUGCGCUAGAGGCGAAGCGGAAGAAGAUGCAGCCCAUGCCUACAAGGCCGGCGUUCUACGAAGACCAGAAGCCUAUUAUGCUGGGAGACGGAACGGUCGCUGUUCCUCGCCCUCAGCCUUCUAAGAGAAAAAUCGAGGUGCGCGACGAGGUCGAGAAGGUUGAAGAAGACAUUGAUGAGGAGGAGCAUGAGGAGUCUUUUGAGGAGCUGGAGGAAGCCCUCGACCUCGAUUCGUCUCAAAGCUCUGCUCUCUCGAACGCCGAGUUCCAAGUCGAUGUCAAAAAGCCUCGAGCAGACACGAAGGGCCACCCACCAGCUUCCGCAGAAGUCGCGCUAGCCGAUGCAUGGGUGAGCAACUUCCGCCAGGACUUGCCCGUUGAGUAUCAUCUCAAAGCAAACCCGGCGAGUCUCCGCGCCUGGCACCUGUGGCACCACCAGAGCCUCAACUGCGCACAAGUGGCCAAUCUAUUGCGCGAGCCACCCCUGAUGCCGCAGACGGUCGCCAGUUACGUUCUGGAGGCCUUGAAGCUAGAGGAUCUCCCUUUUGACGCCGCGAGGGUGCAGGAGGUGGUGGAGAUUCUGCCAAAGAGUGUGAGAUGGAGGUAUCAGAAGGUUUGGGAUCGGAUGGAAGCUCGGGGGUGA